AUGUCCAUGCAACAGAGGCACUAUUUCCUCCUGUCUGAAGAUGAGCAAUUCCUACUCAGUUUUUUCCGCAGCCAGCUGUGCCGGAGAAGUCGCACCUGUUGCUGCCGGGCCCGGGGAGGGAGAAACAUCCUCAUCAGUGUGUUGAAUCGGACUCCUGUGCAUCUGAUUCACGAGCUCAUACUGGUAGACGAUUUCAGCGAAGAUCCAAAUGACUGCCUUCUUCUCACCAAGUUGCCCAAAGUAAAGUGUCUUCGCAAUAAACGCAGAGAAGGACUGAUCCGGUCCAGGGUUCGAGGAGCUGACGCUGCAGGAGCCGGGAUUCUGACCUUUUUGGACAGUCACUGUGAGGUCAACAAAGAUUGGCUGCCUCCACUGCUGCAGAGGGUCAAAGAGGAACCGACCUGUGUCGCCAGCCCUGUGAUUGACAUCAUUAAUAUGGACACGUUUGCCUAUGUCGCCGCUUCCUCAGACUUGCGAGGAGGCUUCGACUGGAGUUUACAUUUUAAAUGGGAGCAACUAUCAGCUGAAAAGCGAGCCAAGAGAGCUGACCCUGCAGAGCCUAUUAAAACGCCCAUCAUUGCAGGAGGACUUUUUGUGAUUGACAGAUCCUGGUUCAAUCGCUUGGGAAAAUAUGACACAGCCAUGGACAUCUGGGGAGGGGAGAACUUUGAGAUUUCUUUUAGAGUAUGGAUGUGUGGAGGAAGCCUAGAAAUCAUUCCCUGUAGCAGGGUCGGCCAUGUAUUCCGCAAGAAACAUCCUUACAUCUUCCCAGAGGGCAAUGCCAACACCUACAUAAAAAACACCAGGAGAACUGCUGAGGUUUGGAUGGAUGAGUUCAAACUGUUCUACUACUCAGCUCGCCCGGCUGCUAGGGGAAAAUCCUACGGAGACAUUCACGGUAGGCAGGUGCUCCGCAAGAGUCUCAAGUGCAAAUCCUUCAAGUGGUAUCUGGACAAUGUCUAUCCAGAGCUCAAAGUUCCUGAUGAUUCAGAUGCUAAGUCUGGUGUGAUCCGGCAAAGACAGAACUGUCUAGAGUCUCGUAUAGUUAAGGGUCAGGAUCUCCCAGUGCUCACACUUGCACCCUGCAGCAUCACCAAAGACGUACCAGCAGCCAACCAGGAGUGGAUCUACACCCAUGGACAGCAAAUCCGCCAGCAGCAACACUGUCUGUCCGUCUCCACCACUUUCCCUGCCUCCCAGAUACUGCUCGUGCCAUACAACAUCAGUGACGGCAAGCAGCGUUGGCAGAAAUCUGGCACUCACCUGGAGCACCUGGCAUCUCGUUUCUGCGUGGACAGCGAGAUGGCUCUGGACGGCAUUGAGAGCAGUAAAAUGCUGGUGAUCAGCCCAUGUGAACAGUCAGCACACACUCAGAGAUGGGAGAUGCCUUUCUCGUGAUCCUUCCUCCUUGGCCUCUCCUCACCUUUCAGAUCUCAGCUGGAGUCAAAGAUGGAUAGAGAGGCAGAGAGAGUGAGUGUGUACCUCCUGGAGGGGCUACAUCUGUGUCCUGCUGUUCUGCUAUGUCCACUCCCUUUGUCUCUUCGGCACACCCCAGGUUCCCCAGAGUGUCAAUCAUACUGAUGUUCUCCAGAACAGAGUUUGGCAGCUGGACGCACACAAACUUGCAGGACACACCGAGUGUGACACACACUCACACUGGAGAACAGCACACAACCUUUUUAUUUGUUUUCACUUGAAUUUACCACAAUAUGAAGCACUUGUGAGAUACAUCUGCUAGCACAUUGACAUAAAAUAAAUACCCUAUUUUUU